AUAAUUUUCCAAUCUUUGGUCAAAGACUCAAAAUCAUUGACCACUUUUAUAAAACAAAACUCUCAUAUUUUAUUCUCAUCACCUCCCCUUCCUUCACAUCUCGCCGGUCGUCCCAACGCCUUCAUCAAAGUCUUCCAAGAAACUUAACAUUCUUUACAAUUUACUCACCUACUCUUCAUCUUUAUCUUCUUUUUACUCUGCCGGCUUCAUAAAGGUUUGGAAGGCUAAAAGUUAACAUCAAAAGGCGAUUCAGAAUAUUUUGGAAUUGUGUAUCGGAGCAUUUCAUAAUUCUUGAGUGAACUUUGAAACCGUCUUUAUCGGUAAGAUGAACUAGUUAUGUUCAUUAAUGAGGAUGGGAGUGAUCUUGUUGAGUUUUGUAUUGUUGAUCCAAUCAUCAUCGAUCAUAUUUGCCUCGGGAUUUUUGCAUUUAAAGGCUUGUGGGACACAUCAUAUCGGCUAUUCGAGUGAUUCUAAGAGCAAAUUGUUUUAUUUAAACGAGGAAUUAGUGAGCAAAGAUUUAUUUUGCAAGUCCAUCAAGUUGCAUCAUGCAAAUCAUUGUUUCAUUAAUCGGAAUGUUGGGAGUCAUUGCUAUGAGGCGGAUCGUUUUUCAGGUGGAAGGAGAAUUUUGCAGAAUUUAAUUAGAGAUGGAGAUUUAGAACGAGAGGCGAAAGAGUCGAAGAAGACAAAAGAUGAUAAAGAUUCCAAGUUUAAAGCAAAAUAUCUAGUGAUGGGUGCAUCCGGGAUUUUGGUUUUGUGUUGCGGUUUUCUUUGCCCGUGCUUUCGUUCCAGAAAGAAAGAGAUGGCCCACACUGUUCUUGCCAAGGAGCCGAGUUCAAUGGAUUCAACUUCAUCUAUAGAAAUGAACUCGGUUUCCGAAAAGGUUCCAGCUAGCCCGUUACGCGUGCCACCUAGUCCUCAUAGAUUCUCGAUGUCUCCAAAACUUGAUAGGAUUGGGUCGGUUCAUUUGACCAUGAACCAGGUGGCACGAGCCACCCAAAACUUUUCACCAUCGUUAAAGUUGGGUGAAGGCGGUUUUGGAACCGUGUACAAAGCUCAGUUACCAGACGGUCAACUUGUUGCCAUAAAACGAGCAAAAAAGGAACACUUUGAUGCUCUAAGAAGCGAAUUUAGAAGUGAAGUUGAACUUCUUGCGAAAAUUGAUCACCGGAAUCUAGUGAAGCUUCUUGGCUAUGUUGAUAAAGGAAACGAACGCCUUAUCAUCACAGAAUACGUUCCAAACGGUACCCUUAGAGAACAUUUGGAUGGUGUUCAUGGAAGCUUUUUGGACUUUAGUCAACGACUUGAAAUUUGCAUCGAUAUUGCUCAUGGUUUAACGUAUCUCCAUCUAUAUGCCGAAAAGCAAAUUAUCCACCGGGAUGUCAAGUCAUCCAACAUUCUUCUAACCGAGAGAAUGAGAGCGAAAGUAGCCGAUUUUGGAUUUGCAAGACUUGGAGACGCAGAGACUGAUAAAACACAUGUUGUGACCAAAGUAAGGGGCACGGUCGGGUAUCUUGACCCGGAAUAUAUGAGAACCUAUCAACUCACCCCGAAAAGUGAUGUUUACUCGUUUGGAGUUCUACUUAUCGAAAUUCUAACGGGUCGUAGGCCCAUUGAGUCCAGGAGAUCUCCCGAGGAGAAGGUGACAGUAAGAUGGGCAUUUGGGAAGUAUAAUGAAGGUGAAAUCAUGGAUUUGGUUGACCCUCAAAUGAGAGAAGCUCUGGACAGUGAAAUCUUCGGAAAGAUGCUCGAGUUAGCGUUCCAAUGUGCCGCACCGACACGAGCGGACCGCCCAGAUAUGAAGGCGGUGGGAGAGCAGCUGUGGGUCAUCAGAAUGGACUACCUUAGACAUGGAAGAAGAGGGUGAACUUCAGUUAACAAGAAAAGGCUUGAAGCUUUUGUGUGUGUCAAUCAAACUAUCUUGCUUAGAUGACUUGUAACAUGUGGGUAGAUGCCAAUGCAUGGUUGGCGUAUGAUGUACAAGCGUCUAAUGCGUGUGGUACAACUUUUCGUUGAGGUGGUUGGAUUCGGAUUUGUCAUUCGUUGGAUGAGUUUGUUGUUUAUUUUGUGCAUUAAAGACGUGUACCAUGUGUAUAUAAAUGAUGUAUACUGGAUUUACUUCUUAUCGUUGAUUAUAAAAUGCGGUUAAAUUUAGGGAAA